AUGCCUUAUCAGUCGAAAGACACCCCCAGCAAAAUGAAGACUAUUGGGCUUUUGGCUUUCUGUGCGCUAGCGGCUUCGGCCUAUGCUAUCGAGGAGUCCGACCGUGUGAAUGGCGAGAACGGCUGGUAUGUGCCAAAGCUGGAUGGCACCUUUGAGUGGGUUGAUAUGGAUGAAGCUGAGGAUUGGCUGGAUCGCCAGGAGAUGAUGGAGGAUCGGGGACUUACUACCACACCUGUCAAAUUCUAUUUGUUCACCAAAUCGAACCCAACCAAGGGCACCAAGAUCACAGCCACCAGCAAGUCUAUCGAUGCAUCACACUUCAACCCCCAGCACCCAACCAGAUUCAUCAUCCACGGCUGGACCCAGAGCCGCUCAUCUGGCAUGAACAAGGAGAUUCGUGAUGCCUGGCUGAGCCAUGGUGAUUUCAACAUCAUUGUUGUGGACUGGGCUCGUGCACGCUCAGUCGAAUACGCUUCUUCCGUUUUGGCUGUGGGUACGGUGGGCAAGAAGGUCGCCAACAUGAUCAACUACCUACACUCUGACCAUGGCAUGUCUCUCGGCGAUCUUUACGUCAUCGGACACAGCCUCGGUGCUCACGUGGCCGGCUAUGCUGGCAAGAACACCAAUGGCCAGGUGCACACCAUCAUCGGCCUGGACCCCGCCCUGCCUCUGUUCAACUACAACAAGCCCAACAAGCGUCUGUCCUCCGACGAUGCCUAUUAUGUAGAGUCCAUUCAGACCAAUGGCGGCACCUUGGGCUUCCUCAAGCCCAUUGGCAAGGGCGCUUUCUACCCUAACGGUGGUAAGACCCAGCCUGGUUGCACCCUGGAUGUGACUGGUGCUUGCUCCCAUGGACGCUCUGUUACCUACUACGCCGAGGCCGUUACCGAGGACAACUUUGGAACCAUCAAGUGUGGUGACUACGAAGCGGCUGUCAAUAAGGAUUGCGGCAGCACCUACAGCAGCGUUCGCAUGGGCGCCGACACCAAUGCCUACAUGGUCGAGGGUGACUUCUAUGUGCCUGUCAACAGCAAGGCUCCCUACGGCAACAUUAACUAAAUAACUAAAUGACGCAAUUAAAGAAUUUACAACAAAAA